AUGGCUGAAGAUGCCUCCAAGGUAGAGGUCGUUUCUCACGUUCGUGCCCUACCAGAAACGCCAGAUGACCAGUCCAUAAGCGACGAAAGGAGCGGCUGGAGAGUGCCCUACUAUGUUCGAGUCAGCUUCGCAGUUUCCUGUGUCGCGAUGCUUUUUGGCAUGGACACAGGCAGUAUUGGCCCAGUCACGGCUAUGCCUGCCUUCAAGGCCACCUUUGGAUCUUUCUCUCCCACAAUGCACGGUGUUAUUGUCUCCUCCGUCCUCAUCCCAGGAGCUCUUACUGCCUUGAUAGCUGGAGCUCUCGCCCACCGCUUCGGACACAUUAAGCUUGUUGCUCUUGGAUCAUUCAUCUACAGCAUCGGUGCCGCUGUCGAGUGUGGUGCUCCCAUUCUCGGGGUCUUCAUUCUCGGUCGCCUCAUCAAGGGUGUCGGAGAGGGCCUCUUCCUCAGCAAUGUAUACGUCCAAGUCUCCGAGAUGUCUCCAUCACGCGUCCGCGGCGUCAUGACAGCCCUGCCUCAGUUCCUUAUCACCACCGGUGUCGUAUGCGGCUACUUCAUUUGCUAUGGUACAAUCCGCCUGGGCACUUCUUCUGCCGCCUGGCGUGUCCCACUUGCGGUCAUCUCUGGCCUCGGAUUGAUUUUCUCCAAUGUGUUUUUCAUCUGCCCGCCGUCGCCCCGUUGGCUAUCCGCGAAAGGACGGUUUAAUGAGGCCCGUGUUGUCGGUGAGAAACUUGGGUUAGAGCCAAAAGAACUGGAGCAGAUUCUAUCGCAGUCUCCGUUGUUCGAUGGCGAGUCGGCCAAUGAGUCUGUCUGGCAAACCCUCCAGCAGACUUGGGUCGAGUUUGGCUACGCCUUCUCUAAACCGUAUCGCGGCCGAACCGCCUUUGGUUGCUUCAUAAUGGGGAUGCAGCAAUUCAGUGGCAUCGACGGUGUUUUGUAUUAUGCGCCCACACUUUUCACCCAAGCUGGACUGGAUGGUGAUCAGGCUACAUUCUUGGCAUCGGGGGUAUCUGCUAUUGUGAUCUUGGCCACGACGAUUCCUGCUACCCUUUUCGCCGACGUCUGGGGCCGCCGCUUCGCAAGUCUCCUGGGCGGUGCUCUCAUUACCCUGCUUAUGCUCCUCAUGGGGUCUCUGUACGCUGGUGGCCAGGUCGGGGCUGGGCCUGGGAAAUGGGUAGUGAUUGUUUCCAUCUACCUUUUCGCUAUCGUCUUCAGCGCGACCUGGGCCAUCUGCUUUAGGACUUUUCUCGUGGAGAGCAUGCCACGUAAGACGAGAAGCAGUGCCUCAAGCCUGGCGCAGAGCAGCAACUGGAUGGCGAAUUACAUCGUUGCUCUCGUGACACCCAUCCUUCUUGCGAAGUCCUCCUUCGGGGCGUAUUAUCUCUUUGCGUUUUCCUCGCUUCUCACCACCGCCGUGGUUGCUGCCUUCAUGCCCGAAACAAGGGGAUACAGCCUCGAAACGAUCGAGGAACGAUACGAUGAGCGACAAUCGCGAGGCACUGGAGCGCAUAUUUUCUCAUGGUCGGCACUUAAGCAGCGCAUCCAAGUCCAAGAAUAA